UGAAAGCACAGGGACACAGCUCUCUCGGGUAUCCUCCUCUGAGAAACACACACACAGUUUUGCCAACAGAUAACCACAGUGAUGAAGAUGCUGCUCGGCUGCUCUCUCUGCCUGCUCCUCCUGCUCAGCUGUCUGAGCAAACCUGCCGAGAGCCGAACUGUGCAUCUGGACAGCUGCUCCGUCAAAGUUCACACACACGAGCUGCGCAAAUAUUACUCUACCAUACGAUCGGAUGUGGUAGCAGGAGACAGUGAGAUUGGAGUAAAACUUUUGGACAGAUCACUGAUAAAGGGUGUUCAGGAGGGACAGACGUGCUGCUUCAUGCAUCUUGUGCUGCGUUUCUAUGUUGAGAGGGUGUUCAACAACUAUGCCUCUACAGAGCCUCAGCAGCAGCGCAGCUCCAGCGCUCUGGCCAAUGCUUUUGUCAGCAUCAGAAGAGACAUACAUAAAUGUCACUGCCAAUGUGGAGAGGAAACCCAGAGGAAAAUUGACUCCCUCCAUGCUGAGUUUAUCAAGCUUCAAAUCAGCCAGGCAGCACAGAAGGCCAUGGGAGAGCUGGACACUGUGCUGGAGUGGUUGGAGGGACUGGAGAAAGAGAAUUAAGUUAACGAAUCCCCAGGAUAUCUUCAAAGAUGGGAACUCUUGCACUGACAAUACCUGUCAGCAGAGUGAAGGGAUUUCCAAAUUCAACUUCACAUCUGUGCCAAUUUGCAUUUCUCUAUUUUGUACUUGAAUUAACCUAAUAUGUUUGUUAUCCAUUGACAUGUGGACAAAAUUUUGUAUGCAAUAUUUAUAAUUAACAUGACAUAAGCUUUUAAGUAUUUAUAUUUAUCAUGGAUUGAAAGCUGUUACAGCUUUUAUAUAUGUGUGUGCUUCUACUGUAAGGUAAAAAAUGCUUUAAUUUCAACUGUUUAUUUUUGGUAAAGCUUUAAUUUCAAUGUUUUAAUUUUACAAAUGCUUUAAUUUCAACUUCAAUAAAAAAAUACUCUUAUAAACUUCA